AGCAGCACUGAGUGUGUUAUAUGUCGAUGUGCUCUGAUUACCUUGCACGCGUUAGAAGAAUACUGUUUUGGGUCUUUUGUCUGUGAUCAGAAGAAUGAAUCCACUCUCCCUGAAUCGUCUAAUUGUCAGUGCUCCCGUGAGAAGGCACCAACUGAAGAAGCAGAUUAAGAAGAGGAGGACUGCGUUGAAAAACAUGGACGCAAGCUUGAAGAGGUUGAAGGCGGAGAUGCAAGAAAUAAGUGCAGAACAAAGAUGUAUCAGAGAAGGACAACGCCAGGUUAGAGAAAAAUUCGAAGCUAUCGAAUCGGAGUGCCUACAGCUUAAGAAAGAAACUCAACUCGUACUCCAACAGAGUACCAGAAACAAAAUCAGACUUGCUCUUAUGUUCAGAAUCUUGAAGGCACGUGAAGACUGCGACUUUGCUAAGGCCACGGAGCUUACCAGGCUGCUCCGUGAAAUGGUUGCAAGGGACAAUAGGUUAACGGGCGCACCAACAAACGAGUAAUGAAAAGUAUGGCAAUUAAUAAAGCUUUGAACAUGGAGCAACAAAUAAGGUUGGCGGUCAAGUUUGGUGCAAAUAAAGAUGGUAUUGGGAGAGUUUAGAGGGUAAGUUUAUUUUAAAUAAAUUUUUGUCUUAUAAACUUAAAAAUUUGUAAAAAAAAAAAUUUAAAAAAAGAGCUUUUAAAGUAGUUUUUUUAUUAAGUUUUAAAAAAAUUUGAAUAUGUAACUUUUUUAAAACUUAAUAUAAAGUUAUUUUAAGAGUUAAUUUUUAAAGUUUUCUUUAAUAUAUUUUUAAAUUUAUAAAAAAAAAUUAUUUAAAAAAAAUCUACCUUUUAACCUCUUCUAACACCCUCAAAACUUGUUUGUUUAUAGAUUUUAGCCUAGCUUGAUGAAAGUGUGUUCUUUAUGUGUUAAACUCUAGUUCUGUAAUGAUAGUUUAGUAGUGUAGUACUUAGGACUUAGUAGGAAUAAAGGUACAUGAUAGGAUACCGACUUUUUUAUUUGUAUGUUUAAAUAUAUAAAUGUUUUUUAUUUUUAAAUAAGUUACUAGCUUUUAAUUUUUUUAAAUAAAAAUAUAAAUUUUGUGAUUUUUAAUUAUUUAAGGAUUUAGUGCAUAUAUGGCUCCUGUCAUCACCACUAGUCACUAGAUCUUUAAAUAAAAAAAAAUUAUAUUUUGUUUAAAAAAAAUUAAAAGUUGAUAAUCUUAUUUUAAAAUUGGAAAAAAAAGCCCAAAAUUUGUAACUCGAUCUCCACCAUUGUUCGCCUGAGGGGAGGCAAAAGUUAAUUGGGGUCUAUCAUGUACGUUUAUUAUUUUUCUCUUUCGGAAAAGCCUUGUACUAUGUCAUUUGAUAUUGUAUAAUUAUAUUGUACAAUUUGAUUGCAAUAUAAAAUUACAUUUAUG